AUGACGUCAUCAGCCUGCGACACGGCUUCUCCGCGGUGCAGCAGCAUGAUGGAGGUCUGCGAGGCUUCAAGCGUUUCUCUCAGAGAGUUUGGAUGUGAACAGAGUUUACUGUCUCGACCUGACGGCUCGUCGUCCUUCGUACAAGGUGACACAAGCGUGAUGGCGGGAGUGUACGGACCAGCAGAGGUUAAAGUCAGCAAGGAAAUCUAUGACCGGGCAACUCUUGAGGUGUUGGUACAGCCCAAAGUGGGACUGCCAAGUGUACGAGAGCGAUCACAAGAGCAGUGUGUGCGGGAGACCUGCGAAGCGUCGCUGCUCUUGUCUCUUCAUCCCCGCUCGGCGCUCACUCUCGUUCUUCAAGUGUUGCACGAUGACGGUUCGCUCUUGUCCUGCUGUUUGAAUGCUGCCUGCAUGGCUCUUAUGGAUGCAGGGCUGCCCAUGAGUUGCCUCUUCUGUGGAGUUACCUGUGCCAUCAACACAGAGGGGGAAAUCAUCACAGACCCCACUGCAGCUCAGGAGAAGGAAAGUCGAGCUUUGAUGACUUUUGCGAUCGACAGCACCGAGCGCAGAGUCAUGAUGUCUUCAACGAAAGGAUCAUUUUCAGUUCAUGAGCUGCAGCAGUGUAUAGCAGUGAGUCAGGAAGCAUCAGAGAAGAUCUUCCAGUUCUACAGAGACUCUGUCAAGAGACGAUACUCCAAAACCCCCUGAUGAAGAAGCAGGUUCCUUUUUUAAAUCCUUUUUUUUUUUAUUUUGUACAAAAGACAAAACAUACCAAUACUUUGAUUGUAAUAAAAUAUUUAGAAACCACUUCAGGCUGCUGUGCCGUGGAUGUGAUCGUCUGGCUGCGACACCAGAUUUGAGUCGAGUGCGAAAUGAAAAGAGGAAAGACGAGUGUCAAACAAGUGCAUUUAUUGGGAUUCACUGAUUUUCCUUCACUUUAAUAUUUACAUGUAAUACAAGGAUGUGACCUGGGAAAGAACCGAAUAUUUCUUAUACUAAUAAAUCCCUUUUUGCUGCAACCAUUGACCUUUAUCGA